GAUGAGUGCAACGAGCAAAGCAUGGUUAGUAGCUGCAAGCAUUGGAGCCUUGGAAGCCUCCAAGGAUCAAUUAGGCAUGUGUCGGUGGAACUACUUGAUCAGGUCUGUGAAUCAACGUAUCAAGAACAACGUGAGAUCCACUUCUCAGGCUAACAGAUUCUCUUCUUCGUCGACUACUACCACCACCGCUGUUGUAGCUUCUGUUAAGGGUAAUGAUAAUAAGGCGAAGCACGCUGAGGAGUCUCUUAGGACAGUUAUGUACUUGAGCUGUUGGGGUCCUAACUAAAUUCAGACAUGAUCUCUUUGUUGUGUAGUUGAUUAAUUAGAUGGAAAUUGCAAAAAUGGUAAUUAAUUGUAGAUAAAUGUUUAAGAUUCUCAUUUCUAAUAGAAGAUGAAUUUUUGGGAUA